GUUCUUCAAUUGGAUGCCGAUGGUAGUCCCUGCAAAAUAUCUUCCUUUUCUUUUUUUAAUUCUCGAGUUUCAAUUCUUUCGAGUAUAUUCUCAUUUUUAAAGUUAACCCUCGCUCGAACUACCUACGCCUAGGUAGUCUGUUGCUUACAAUGGCCGACGACACAAUAGCGACGUCGGCGACACCGCUGGACAAGAAGAGUAAAUCUCAUAAAAAACAUAAACGACAUCGCGAAGCAGACGGUACCGAGGGUAGUGAACGAAAGCACAAGAAAUCGAAGAGUAGCAGCAAUGCGAUUAUUAUUGAACCAGAGGCACCAAUUCAGAUAGAAGCCAAACUACAGGUAGCGCCCAUACCCGAAGCCGAGACCGAGACAAAUCAUAACGGAGGCAAGGCAGAGAAGAAGAAAAAGAGAAAGCAUAAGGAUCAACCUGCAGAAAAUGGAGACGAGAAUCACACACAAAAAAACGAUGCAACAGACGUCAACGCAUCGGCGAAUGAGAAGAAAAAGUCAAAAGAACAUAAGAAAAAGAAGAAGCACGACAAAGUCGAGGCCAAUGGAGCGACAUCACAAGAUACAGUCAUUCCUGACAGUCAACCAGCCUCCAAGACACCCCACGAUCCCGAUGCCAUGGAUAUCGACUCGGCGCCAGUAGAUGCCUCCAGUUCAGAAGAAUUUGGUCAAAAACCAUCCGAAAAAGAAUACCCAUUCUUCACCCAAACUGUUUCGCAAUACCUCCCAUUAUUCCCAUCAGGUCUAAUUGAACCGAUAGAAGGCUUCGCAGACCAACACUUACGACCUCUGCUCAACCGAUACGUCCCCAGUUUCCGUGGAAUCUUAUUAGAUUAUCGAAACCCCCGCGUUGGAGAGGCACCUGGUAAAGGAGCAUUAACCGAAGAAAGCGCAACAGAUGAUAUCGUAUUACUCGAGUCUAUUAACGAAUACGCGGUAACUUUCGGAUGGUUGACGGUUGACGUGGAUGUGUUCCGCCCAUCGCGCGGCGCAUGGAUGGAAGGCACAGUAAACUUACAAGGCGAGGGUCACAUUGGUGUUAUUUGCUGGAAUAUGUUCAAUGCUUCAAUUGAAGCCAAGCGCUUGCCUCAAGGAUGGCGAUGGGUCGAUUUACUGUCCAAGGACAAUGAUAAGUUCAAGAGCAAGGGGAAGAAGAACGAUAGGGAGAAGACAGCCGAGGAAGCUAAACUCCCCACUCCAGACCCCUUUGACGAAGCCGAGAACGAUACGACCCAAAUACAUACUACGGGUUAUUGGGUUGACGGAUCUGGGACGAGAAUACGGGGAGGGGCAAAGCUCUACUUCCGAAUUAAACAUUACGAAGUGGGUGUUAGUGGCGACUACGGAUACUUGAGUAUCGAAGGUACGAUGUUGAACGAAGAAGAGGAAAAGGCCAAAUAUGCUGAGGAGAUGGAGGCGUUGAGACGGCGAAGGCUGAGACACGGCGGUACUUUGCGAAAAGAGCAGAAACGCUUGCCGGAGUUCAGCAUGACCAAAUUUGGGGUGAACGAGGCGGAAGAUAACGAGGCUCAACGUGCUCCCAUACAAAUCGCAAGCCGUCCUGGAAGUGACACUGAGUAGGUGGACUACAAUCGCAUGUAAUAUCCAAAGCAAGGGGUCAUUGGAAUGGCGAAGAUGGCGUAACUACCUAGGUAGUUUGGUUGGAAGUUAUCCAACACAUCUUUCUCAAACGUUGAUAGGGGCGCGUUUUUCUAUAUAACAUAGAAGAUCCGGCUUCUUUGCAUGAACGGAGAUAAAUUUAACUAAAAGGCCAUGGCAACAUUUGAGGGUUAUACACUUUCUCUAUUUGCGCUUGCUAAGCUAACUAUAGCUUCUACAACAUAUGCUUCAGUCUCAGCUUUUCUUAACAUGAAUGAUGCUCAGGGGUUACAAUACCAGGUAGGUAACACUUUACGGCAACCAAAAACUUACCUAGGUACCUACCUACUAAAAGAGGAUGAGGAGAAGUAGUGAUAAUCAUAACUCGGUUAGAUCAUCCGGGAUUAUGUUGAUUGGUCAACAGGCUAAGUGAGAAGGAACACAUGAUCCGUCAACACUCCCA